AUGUCCGCAAAGCAACGCCUUCGCUCCGAAAUCAUCCUGGAAAAGUACGGCAAAGCAUUGAAUGGAAAGACAAUUCUAAUCACCGGAAUUUCCGACGUCUCCAUAGCGGGAGAACUAGCCGUCCAGCUCUCCACCACCAACCCCUCCCUCCUCAUCCUAAGCGCUCGCACCGAAUCAAAAGUAGCCCCUAUCAUCACAAGAAUCCAAGAACUCAAACCCAAUGUCACAACCCGUUUCUUGAGCAUGGACCUGAGUGACCUGGGCGGUAUUCGCGAAGCCGUCGAAGCCGGACUCGCAGAUAUCCCUCGAAUCGACCACAUAGUCUUCGCAGCCGGAGUAAUGGCCUGUCCCUACGAAAAGACAAAGGACGGAAUCGAAAUGCAGUUUGGCGUCAACUACCUAGCCAACUUCUUCCUGGUAAAGCUUCUUCUCCCCAAGGUACAAGCUGCCGGUCCGUCAUCCUCUAUCAUUACCGUGGCGAGCGCGGCUCUCAGGCAGGGAAGAUUGAAUUUUGAUGAUAUCGUCUGCAGUGAUGGAAAAACCUACGAGGCACUUGCUGCAUAUUGCGGGUCCAAUGUUGCACGAGUCAUGUUUGCCAAAAGACUCAGCGAGAACUUGAAGGGUCAAGGAAUCCGGGUUUACAGCAUUGAUCCAGGCUCCGUUUCUACCGGACUGCAGCGCCACGUGGACGGGGAAAUCGCAGCCCUUUUUGAUACAUGGAGGAAAGAUGGAUAUUACAUCGAUGUGGACGGAACCCCAUGGCAAAGUCAGCCGCGGGCCACCACCUCCGAGGGUGCGGCUACUAUUAUCACUGGCAUGCUUGAUCCCACGAUCACCGAUCACAAUGGGGCCUACUUGAGUCAGAAUGCCCUUGCGGAUGACGAGCUGCACAGCCAGGUCCUUGAUGAGAAGAAUUGGUCCAGACUUUGGGACCUAAGUGAACAAUUGAUUGUUGGGAAAUAG